AUGGCGGCUUGGAUUGAAGAGUUAUUUCCUCCGAAAUUUAAAGUAAACGACUUCUUUCGCGAUGAUGGAACAAGGCCAACCCGUGCUCGGUUAAACGAGAGUUUUCAGGAGGUAUACGAAAAGGUUUUUGAAGAAAUACUCUCGACUAGUAAGGAGAAGGACAAAUCAGAACACAGACACGAUUCACAAGAAGAUGCUUCUGGAGGACAGGAGGGUAAUUUUACAGAAGCAAAUCGAGAUCAUAACGAAGAAGAAAACGGUUCUGAGGACAUCCAGGAUAAGUGCAUAUGGAACGCCGACGAACUAAAGAUUCUUCGUAAGUUUUUAAAACGUUCGAAAUUGCACAAUAUUCGCUUGAGCGUCCUCGCACAAGCGUUGCAAAAAGACUGCGAGCGCUUGAGAAAAACAUGCGAAGAACAAGCAAGCGAAAUUAUGAAAUUGAACAGGAAGUAUAGCGAUGUUAGAAAGCAGAACAAAGCGAUGAAAAUAGCUUGCAAGGCUUUCAAAGAAGAUGCGAAGAGCUCGCAAGAAAACUUUGAGAUUUGUCAGGAUCGAAUGGAGAAGGCCAUCGAGGACAGAAAGUCAGCAGAACUUGAACUGGCGAGAAUCAAACACGAAUUGGAGAAAGUUGGGAAACAAAACAAGGUUUUGCAGUUGGAAUUAGAAAAGCAAAAAGCCUUGGAGAGGAGACUUUUAGAGAAUCAAAAUGUUGCUCUACGAUCACUCCAUGAAAAGGAAAUCACCGAUCUUCUUGAAAGGUUGGAAACAAGCGAGGCUUGCCUUGAGAAGGAAAGGAACGAGCAUGCAAUAACUAAAAAGGCUUUAGUACAUUUGAGGUUGCACUUCGCAGCCGAAGAGACCUAGUGGUAGUAAAUUUGAAUUUCUAAUGAGAAAAUAUACUUUUCUUAAAUGUAGUUUAAUGGCUUCUCACUGGCCCGGAGCUUUCGCGGCGGACUGUUUACUCGCGAAAAUUUACACGACUUCAAAAUCGUUUAGCAUAACCACCAGCAGCCCAACAGCAAAUGGUUUAUUUGAACAAAGCGACCGCUAAUUGAUGAAAUUACAUUGACACAUAUGUGAUUUAUUUACUUUUCAAUAUACUCAAAUUAAUCCGAUGGCACAAAACGGGCGAGCUGCGUCCUCUGACAAUGUUCAGCCAAUCCAGGUGAUCUAAAAUGGUGAGAAAGAAAAGCCAUUUUACGUUUGAGGCAACGUAAUAUUUUUAAAAUGUGUUGUAUUUCGGUUUUAAAGUGCAUUAGAACUACAGUUCUUAUACUGAAUAUAGAUUUGGAUUUCUAUUUCGACAAUCUUUUUGAGUGCUGAUUAACUAAAAUAUGAGCCCAAAAUCACCUAGAGGCUAGAUAUUGUUGUCGAUUUUUCUUUGAUUAUAACACCUCAGUUACUCCAUCUUCCUAUAACCUUUCAUACAUCACGAUAUUAUCAAACAUGGCAAGUAUGAAUGCAACUACGUGGAGUGCUAUAUUUGAAAUUAUCCGAAAUCGAAAGUCUCGCGUAAGCAAUCCUCACGAAUCCGAAAUUCAGUUUCGCAAUCACUAAAAUUUUGCUCAUUUCUGAUACUGUAUGCUGUCAUAUAGUCUGCAAAACAUACAAACACGCUAAAGUUAUAUGCUCAUGUAUCCUAAUUAAUUGCAAUUGCAAUCUGCCAUUGAACGCUAUAGCCGGUACUAUGGCUUCCAGUGGGAGCACAAGACGGAGUACAAGUGGCGAUACUACGGCCGAUAUGGGUUUCGCAAAGACAGAUGUGGCAAAGAUGAUUUGUGAAUUCAUCAGAGGAAUAAUGAAAAUUGGCAAACUGAAAGCAAAUGAAAAUGUACUUCGUGUCGUCGAAGGGCUCGGCCGAUACGUGGAAGAGCUUGUCGGAACUGAGGAGGGAAGAAAACUUCUUUGCAACAUGAAACAGCUGGCGUCGAGGAUAACGAAUAAAGAAACUUUUCUGGCCAUGUUAUGGCGCAUAUUCCAUGUGGCAGGACGGAUUUGUAGCACAGGUGCUGGGCGCAUCGGUUUGUUUGUCAUGGGCGCAGCACUCCUGGUGUUCCUGCUGUCGACGGUUACGGGACUCGCCGAGGGCGUGCUGGCUGUUUGGUUCACGCUGGCCGCAAAGACGUUCGCUCUUACGCUGUUUACAAGCGGCUCCAAUCUAAUGUGUAAGGGUGUUAAGGAGAUAGUCCCGAAUAAAAAGGCAUUCGUGAACUUGCUGAGCACUAUCGCUUGCGGAAGCGGACAGGAACAAGCCCAAGUUUCAAGAGAGGAGAUUCGUCAGUUGGAGGGCAGGGUCGCCCGAAUGUGUUCGGAUCAUGAUUGGGUGCUGCUCUGAGUGAAGGCCGUGUUACACGAGCAAUUUUUCUUGCAACUUGCAUUCUACUUUAGAGAGAUGUAAAUUAGUGGAGAGUUUUCGAAAUGUAUAUGUAUGAGAAAACAUCCCGGGAGUGUAGCACAAAAGUUUUGUAGCUGUCAGAUUUUCAUCUCUGAAAAGUUGAAUUGGAUUGCAAGUUGCAGGAGAAAUUGCAUCGUAUAAUGCGGCCUUCAGAGGCUGUUUAUAAGGAUUUGCUUCGUUGAACCCCCCGUAACUGGGCUCGUGAAAAAGCCCCGGACACAAUGUUUUUUUUUAUAAGCCUUCUGUUAAUUGGAAUCUGAUCUGGCAUUGCAAAUAUGCAUGUGCAUAACUUUCGGUUUAUAUAUAAAUAUAUAGUCUACAAAUAUUAAACUGCAAAUCCACUCACAAAUGAUUGCAUAAUGAAUUAUAUAAAAUUUAAAUCAAUAGACCUUAUUAAUUUUAUCAUACCGUUCCAUAACAUUACUAGAAGACCAUGGGCGAUAAUUAUUGUUAACCGUGGUGGCAUAGGCACGAAAACCAUAGCAAAAUGUCAGCCUGGCCAUUCACGCCUCCGGCAGUGAUUGCAAAAUGAUAUUUGCUAGCAUAUGCUACUCUUGGUUUAGUUAUUAAAUGUUGCAAAACGUCAUGGUAAGAUGUCUAUUAAAGCAUGAAUAGAGUGUUUGGUUGUGCCCUUAAUUUAUUUUUUAAUGUAGUUUUUGUAGUAUUUUUUAAUGUUAUUUAAUGUUGUUACAUUAUUUUUAGACGGUUUGAUGU